AGCAGCAUUUUCUGUGCUCAAGCUGUUACUAAUGGCUGGAAAAGUCCUCUGUGAGGCAACAAAACUGUACAACAUCCUAAAUCAAUACACUCAUCUACCAAGGCUAGCAGACAGCAACUAUCUUUGUUUGAUUGAUGCCCGUGCAGCAGAAUCAUAUAACUUCAGCCACAUCAUUACUGCCAGAAAUGCUAAAUGGGAUUCUGAUGGGAAGUUUAUUAUGCCCUUGGAUGUUGAGGUUGAAAGUAUGAGAUACAUAAUUGUUUAUGACAGUAGUACACAUUCACUGUCAGAUUCAGGUGCAGCUAUAGACUGUGCAGACAGCAUAGAAAAAUCAAGCCAAUUUCCUGUUCAGAUUCUUAUUGGGGGCUAUGAGAGGUUUUCUGCACUUUACCCUUUCCUAAGAACACAAAAGAUUCUUUACAAUAUAAGGGAACUGGAGAGCUUGAAUCCCUAUCCGGUGGAAAUCUUGCCAGGCAAGCUUUUUAUGGGUGAUUACAGGCAGGCCACAAACCUUCAAAUCCUUAAAGAUCUGAAGCUGGAUGCACUUGUCAAUGUCUCUGAUGAAUGCAGUCUUGUGUUUAAAAAGGCAAACUGCACUGUCUUACACAUCCGGACUGCAGAUUCUGCAGAGGCAGAUUUGAUCACUUCAUUCGAGAAAAUGUGUGUUUUUAUUGGUUCACAUCUCAAUAACUCUUCUUCUGUUUUGAUAUUCUCUACUCUUGGAGUAAGCCGAUGCUGUGCUGUAACAAUGGCAUAUCUCAUAUAUCACCUCAAAUACACACUAAAGGAGGCAUGGAAUCAUAUUCAGCAGUGCAAAGCCAACAUGAGGCCAAAUCGAGGAUUUGUACAGCAACUUUCUGACUGGGAACUUCAGACUCUUGGGAAGAGAGUGACAGAUAUAUCAGAACCCAACUACUGACAAUAACAACAUUUAACAGAAACAUCAUGUGCACAUUCAUAUUCAAUGACUUUCUACAGUCACUGAUGAUACAGACUCAUAGAUUUUUAUUUAAUGUUAAUGUAUCAAUUAAAAUAAUAUUUAAAAAACAAUAAACUACUUCCCGUAAACACUCUAUAGGCAAUAUUAGAAUGUACAAAAUAGUUUUAAGAUUUUCAUCCACUUUACUGUAUGUUGCUUUAACACACACACACACACACACGCAUAUAAUGUGUUGUAAAUUGAAUAAACCUUUUUAAAAUUUGCUGC